AGUGCCAAUGAACUGAAAAUUGUACAUAAACAAAAAGUGGACAAAGCUUUAACCUGUGGUUCUACUGUUCAACCUUAUGUGGUUAUAGUGGGAAAUGUCGAUGGCCAAGAUUCUACAUACUAUUAUACAAUAAUCAACAACACUCAAUACCAGUUGGAAACAGCAGUUAAGGCCGUAGAUUUAUGUUUUAAAUUAUACCAUGUUUUAAACCUAGAAUACCCUCCUGAAGCUGAGCAAAUAUGUACUAAUCAAUUAAUUAUACCAUUAGAUGCACCCAUUAUACAAGAUUCAGAUAAUAAUACUAUAUCUAAUAUUCCACUUUUAGAAACCUCGAAAGAUACACCAAAGUUAUUGAAACAAGAGUUACAAAAAAACGCUUUGUACCUAACUAGUAAAUGGUAUAGCAAUGUUUCAAUUCCAAGAAAUAUAGUGCAAACAUUAAUUAAUGAUGUACAGAAUUUUAAUGAUUCAAUAUUCUCUAUAAUAAAACAGAAAAUUGAUAGUGAGCUCUCCAAAUUAAAUAUUUCUUCUAAAACUACCUUAGAGUUUACAAAUAUAUUUGAUGUGCUUUCUAAUUCGUUUGAUGAGGUUAAAACAGAAUAUUUCCGCUUACAAUUAUUAGAAAAUAUAGGUGUCUUCAUAAGACCUUAUCAGAUUAUAAUUGGACAGAGGUUAAAUGAUAGACUUACUAGUGGUAGAGUAAUUUUAGAACCAAAAGAAGAAAACAAUAAUCCAUGUAUAGUUAAAAGUUUUGUUCAAUCUUCCCUAUGGAAAGUUAAGCUAAAUAACCAAAAUAAAAUUAUUCUACCAUAUUUUCUUUAUUACGAUGAUUUUGAAGUAAAUAACCCACUAGGGUCUCAUGCUGGAACUCAAAAACUUGGGGCUGUAUACAUUUCUCUUGCUUGUUUACCACCUGAACUAUCAUCAUCACUAAAUUAUAUUUAUUUAGUCGCGCUUUUCAAAACUGAUGAUAAAAAUUGUUUCGGGAAUCAUGCUAUAUUUAAAGAUCUUAUUGCAGAGCUAAAUUUCUUAGAGUCAACUGGGAUUGAAGUGGUUGUCAAUAACAAAACCUAUAAUAUUUUAUUUAAAUUAGGAUUAAUUCUGGGUGAUAACCUAGGAUUGCACUCUAUUCUGGGAUUUGUUGAGAGUUUUGUUGCAAAUUAUCAUUGUCGAUUCUGUAAAACUCAUAAAAAAGAAUGCCAUCAACAAUGUAUACAAAAUGAUAACAAUUUAAGAGACUCUGUUAAUUAUACAGCUGAUGUUAUGCAUAAUGAUGUGUCCGUUACUGGUAUUAAAGAACUAUGUAUCUGGAAUGAUGUGGGAUCUUUUAAUGUAACUACUAACUAUAGUGUGGAUAUAAUGCAUGAUAUGGCAGAAGGGGUAUGCAAAUAUGACAUAGGUCUUAUACUAAAAGAAAUGAUUUAUAAUCUCAAGUAUUUUUCUCUUGAUACAUUAAAUAACAGAAUAGUGUCCUUUAAUUAUGGACCAUUAGACAUUAGAAGUAGGCCAACACUAAUCACAGAUACAA